AAGCGGAAGUGUCAGAGCAGCCGGAAGUGGUUCUGCCCUGAAUACCCUGAGCAGCGCGGAGGACGGCUUCACUAACGGUCACACCAGCUCUUCGGGAUUCUUUGUAACGCGCAGACAUGGAAACCCCAUCACCAACCCCCUGCUUCGACAGGGCGGUCAGACGUCAGCCUAAAAAAUGGAUAAGAACGACCUGGUGCAGAAAGCCAAGCUGGCAGAGCAGGCCGAGCGCUACGACGACAUGGCGGCUGCCAUGAAGGCCGUGACGGAGCAGGGCCUGGAGCUCAGCAACGAGGAGCGCAACCUGCUCUCCGUCGCCUACAAGAACGUGGUGGGGGCCCGCCGCUCAUCCUGGCGAGUCAUCUCCAGCAUCGAGCAGAAGACGGAGGGAAACGAGAAGAAAUCGCAGAUGGCCCGCGACUACCGUAUGAAGAUCGAGGCUGAACUCCAAGAAAUCUGCCACGACGUGCUGGAUCUGCUCGACAAAUUCCUCAUUACCAAUGCAUCUCAGGCGGAGAGCAAGGUGUUCUACCUCAAAAUGAAAGGAGACUACUUCAGAUACCUGUCGGAGGUGGCCUCUGGGGACGCGAAGAAGGACACGGUGGAGAACUCUCAGGAGGCCUACCAGAACGCCUUCGACAUCAGCAAGAAGGACAUGCAGCCGACACACCCCAUCCGGCUGGGCUUGGCCCUCAACUUCUCCGUCUUCUACUACGAAAUCCUCAACUCGCCCGAGCAGGCCUGCACUCUGGCCAAGCAGGCUUUCGAUGAGGCGAUCGCCGAGCUCGACACCUUGAACGAGGACUCGUACAAAGACAGCACGCUGAUCAUGCAGCUAUUAAGGGACAACCUCACUCUGUGGACAUCAGAAAACCAGGGCGACGAGGGCGAAACCGGCGAUGGAGAUAACUAGAGCGCACUUCACUGUUAACCCAUGACCCCACUCUCUUCCUCCUCCUCCUUUGAUCUCUCUCUCUCCUCUUCUUCCUCUCUUCGUACACAUAAAACAGCCUCCCUCCCCUGUUUCAUCCCCCCAUUUUCAUCCCACUUUUUCAAGCCCGGGCCUCCCAGACUUCCCUUCUGUAUAACCAACAGCAUGAAUAGUACCUGACCUACACAGACAGAUAAUAAAUAAUGAAAAAGAAAUGGAGUGGGGGAAAAGAGAAGCUACUCCAUCACCCUCCUCCCCCCUCCCCCUUGAUCAUGGCACUCCAAGGCUGUCCAGCAGACUCAACCCACUGGUCCUUCUCGUCUUCUAGCACGCAGGGAGGGUUUUCAUCCCAAAUUUAAAAAUAAAAAUGAAUCAAUGUCUUUUUAAAAGCCCCCACUCCCAUGAUUGUUUUUUUUUUUUUUUUUUUUUUUAAAUCUCCUUUCCUUCGUUCUUCCCUCUCUCUCUCUCCUCUUCCCUCUCUCCUUAACGCCUCCCCUCCCUCGCUCUAUUGAGUUGACGCACUUAUAUAGUUGUCCACCAACCUCCCUCCUCCUCCUCCCCCUCGCUCUAGUGAGUUAACGCUUAGUUGUCCAUCCCCCUUUUUCUUCUUUUGGCUUUUUUCUUAGUGUACUGGCAAAAUGGCUGGUUUUUAUUCCACUUUAAACGAAACAACAACAAACAAACAAAAAAGGUUAUUAAACUGUCCGUUUAUUUUCAACAAACACUGUGAUGCUUAGUUUUUCCUCCACCUUA